AUGACAGAGGACAACUAUCGACCAAGAUCUCCCGACUUUUCUUCUCCCCCCGAAAACCCCCCACCUCACGCGCCGUUGAGCCCACUAGCUCACCGCGCCUCCUACGACGCAUCCCCGUUCUUCAACAGCAACCAGCGCCCCAGCUCCAGUCGCGUCCCACAGCAGUACGUUCCAAUUGCCCAACCCGCCUUCAGUUUUGCUGGCGAUAUGGCCCGUCGCUCAUCACGCCUACAGCCCGAGGACGCGUCCGUCCCCGAGCCCGCAAUGACUACAAUGCCUGUCGCGCCGAUCCUAGAUGAGACCCCACAGACGCGCCCCGGCGCGGGGAUUGAGGUGAAAACCAAAUUUCCCGUCGCUCGGAUCAAGCGCAUUAUGCAAGCAGACGAAGACGUUGGAAAGGUGGCCCAGGUGACUCCCAUCGCAGUGUCCAAGGCAUUGGAACUCUUUAUGAUCUCCUUGGUCACCAAGGCCGCACAAGAAGCCAAAGAUCGCAACUCGAAACGUGUCACAGCUAGCCACCUCAAGCACGCCGUCGCCAAGGAUGAAGUGCUGGACUUUUUGGCUGAUAUUAUUGCCAAGGUGCCCGAUCAACCGGCCGGCCGGAAACACGACGAUGACGGAAGCGACCAAAAUGACGGCCGCCGGAAGCGUGGCGGUCGCAAACCGAAGGAGGAGAGCGACUAA